AUGUUUGAAUUUAAAGCUGAAUUAGAUUCACCAUUAGAAAGAAAGAAAAGAUUUGUAUCAAUAAGAAAUGAAGUUAAAGAGACCAGACAAGGAGAAGAAGAAGAAUCUCUAUUUUCUUCCUAUAAUAUAUCUACCCAGAAUAUAGAAGAGAGUAGUCUUAGUGAUGAUCUUAAUCAAUAUGAUUUUAAUUCUGGAACUGCCCAGACACAAGUAAGUGUAACCUGUGAAUUUCCACCUUAUGGUCCAGACUGUCCUGUAGAUAGACACAAGUUUUUCACAACAGUAGCAUUUUUAAUGUGUGAUAAAUCAAAACCUGUCUAUACAGCUACAGGGGAAGUUGUAGGAAUGAUAUUGAAAUAUCUGGAAGUUAAAGAGCAAGAGACUGAAGGAGAAUUCCAUACCUAUAUUAUCAACAAUAUCUCAUCUUUACAGUUAUCAAAACCUGAUAACUUUAUAUAUUGUAUACAUAAAAUACAUCAACAAUAUCCUCCUACGGCUGAUAGGUAA